AAUUGCAGCAGUAUUCCGUCAUUAGCUGCGCGGAAGUCGUACGAGCAAUAGCAACAUGGUUCGAGUGACGAUUGUCCUAUUCACUUCGCUUUUCUGCACGUCAUGUUGUUUCGCGCCCUGUUUUGCCUUCGAGUUUGAGAAUUGCGGCUCAACAUUAGGUACAUUCACGAACGUAGUAAUCUCCGGAUGUAGUACGUCCGAUGAAAGAUGUAUUUUUGUGCGCGGUACUAAUGCAUCUAUGUCUAUCAGCUUUAUACCUAACAAAGAUAUCUCGAAAAUCGAUGCACGUGUUUACGGUAAAAUAACUGUUUUUCCGAUACCUUUUCCAUUAAGCCAGCCUGAUGUAUGCCAGGAUCCUAAUUCUGGGAUCAAAUGUCCUUUACAUAAGAAUCAAGAAUAUCAUUAUACUACCGCGAUGUUCCUGCAGAAGAGUUUCCCUUCGGUGAAUGUCGAAAUUAAGUGGGAGUUUAUGAAUGAGAACAAAGAAAAAAUAGUAUGCUUAGAAUUUCCAGCCAAAAUUAAGUGAUUCAAAAGAUACAGCAAAUGGAAAAUAUAGAAAAAUAUUGAAGAUUUUAUUUUGAUAGAAAUAUGAAA